GCCGAGCGAAGGUUAAAGAGUUGCAGAAAGCAGGUAGUGCCACGUGUGACACUACCUGGCGAACAUCCAUCGCAUCUAUCAUCCCUCCUCCUUCUCUCUCUCUCCUUCUUCUUUCACAGUUUCCUCUUUUACACAACAAGCCCUCUGCCUAUGGCAGUCACCAAUGUCUUUUCUUUUUCCUUUUCUAUUCUUUUACUUUUCCAAUUCUCAUCUCCUUGAUAAUAUUUUUCAAUUUCAAGCCAGAGAGAGAAAAUAGAUUUUUGAGGAAUUCCGAUAUGGUGUAAUUUUAUCGGUUGCACCAGAACCUGGAUUCUGUAACUCAACGUGGGGCGUUUUGCGUUUUAGCGGUUUAUAAUUUCAAUUGAUUAAAGUUUUGUUGAUUUUAAAUUAAUUUUAGGGGUUUUUUUUUUUCUUGGUUGGGGUGAUGAUGUUUCAACUUGUGGCCACGGUUGCUAUUGGAAGAUACGAUCUUUUGAAAGUCUUCUAAUAAGGUUUUUAAAUGGGAAUUUAUUUAUUUGCUUUAUAGGAAUAAGUGAACUAUCUGGUUAUCCGUUUGGGUUUAGGAUUAGAGUUUGAGUUUGAGAAAUUAUUUGUUAGUUGCAUGUUUCGUGACUGAUACUCCAUGUGUAAUAAAGGCAUUGAGUGCUUGAAUAAGACUCAUAACCCUGUUGUUGUUAGCCAGCAAAACCCUCGCCAAGCUCUUCACUUGAUGGAUAACACAUCAUCUCUCACUUAUUCCACCUCUGGCUCCAACCUUGGGUCACAUGAUGAAACCACCACCCCGCGUGUUAAAUUAUUGUGCAGUUUCUUAGGUAGCAUUAUGCCUAGACCUCAGGAUGGGAAGUUGCGGUAUGUGGGUGGAGAGACGCGAAUUGUGAGUUUGCAUAGGGAUAUUGGUUAUGAGGAAUUAAUGAAUAAAAUGAGGGAGCUUUAUGAAGGGGCUGCAGUUUUGAAAUAUCAACAACCUGAUGAGGAUCUUGAUGCCCUCGUAUCGGUUGUGAAUGAUGAUGAUGUUACUAAUAUGAUGGAAGAGUAUGAGAAGUUGGGUUAUGGGGAUGGGUUCACUAGGCUUAGGAUUUUUUUGUUUUCGCAUCCAGACCAGGAUGAUUCAUCCCAUUAUGUUGAUGGGGAUGAAAGGGAUUCUGAGAGGAGGUAUGUGGACGCGCUGAAUAAUUUGAAUGAUGGAGCUGAUUUCAGAAGGCAGCAACCUGAGUCUCCUUUGAUUGGUCCAAUUGAAGAUAUCCAUGUACAUGAACAAUUUUUUAGUCCAUUAAAUCUUGAAAGUGGGCUUCAGCCAAGGAGUGGUGAAAUGUCCAUGCCACAGUACAACAUGCAUCACAUUGCAAUUCCUCAGCGGUACAAUGAAAUGGAUGGUACAUGGAGUCCUGCAAUUUAUUCUCCUAGGCAUCACGGGCACCAUGAUCUAAGACCAAUGCCAGAGUUUCCAAAUUCACCCCCUUCUAGGUACCGUAUGCAGUUUGGGGAAUUGCCUGACAGAGUUAUGGAUAGAGUGUCUGAAGAAUAUGCACGGCAACCUCUAAGUCAUCAUUCUGCUUAUGACCAUCAGCCUCCAUAUUCCGAGAAUGUAGUAUGGAUGCCUUCUGGAGCUAUACCUCCUGAUAAGGCUGGUUUUCCUGGUAACUUGCUUCAUGGUCCCAAUGUUAUUGAUGGGAAUAGUGCCUGUGAGCAUUGCCGGGUGCCUUUCCAAAGAAAUCAACUACAUGUGGAGCAACCCAAUGUAGGAAAUGCACUCCACCAGGUUGCUAAUCCACCUGCUGAGUGCCACACCCACAGGGAACACUUCAUGUUAAAUGCUGAUCCAAAGGUUCACCAUGUAAUGUACCCCAAAGAUCAGACUGAUCCUCGUCCUAUCUACAAUGAAGCGCACAGCCAUGAAAGAGGAUGGAAUCUGCAGCAUCAGUUCACUCCUGCUGAUGAAGUAAGAACACAUACCUCUGGAGCUGGAAGGAUAAAUGAGCACUACAUUGUAGACGGUCCUGGCAUAAAUUAUCCUCCUGGGCAUGCCAAUUUGGUGGAUGGCCAUCAUACCCCCUCUACUUAUAGUCAUCACCGAGCUGUACAUGAAUUGGGGAAUGAAGUGUUUCAUGACCAGACUGUGGCUGUUUCGCACCAUCUACAUGUUACACCUUCUGAAGAACGUGCAGUCCGGUAUGGGAAUUUUCCUUAUGCCUAUGGAACAGAGAAUCUUUAUCCGACAUCACAUGGACAUGUACAUUCUCAGAAUUUAUGGCGAAAUGUUCAAAACCCUGUCCAUGGCAAUUCGUAUGAAACUCCCAGUGCAGCCUCACAGGUGAAUGGCACAGUUAAUCCAGCUCUUCUCAGGGGUACAAUUGAGGGUGGUCAAAGGAUCGGUGCUUGUAUGGAUAAUCAGCAUUCUAGGAUAGAGUCGACGCAAAAGACUUUUGGUUUUGAUGGAGCAAUUGCCACAGAAUACUCUUAUGGCCAUCCUUUGAGAUUGAAUCCAAAUCAUUCUGGUCUGGAGAAUAAGCAGCUAUUUGCUGCAGAAAAUUUACAACCACCUCUCCCGCACGAAAUGUUCAAUUCAUCUGCAAUUACAGGUGCUCCUGGUUGCAAUCCAGAAAUUAGUAGUAGCAAUAUCACUGAAGUGGCAAAAGUAGACGAGAAAACUGUACUUGGCAUGGAACGAGAAGCAAAUUACGUGGAAAAGGUUGAGAACUUAGAGGUUUCAAACAUACCUCAAUUGGAGCAAAACAUGGUUGCUCAUACUCAUAGUGGGGCUGCAUUUCCAGAGUCUGUCCAUUCAAAUUGCUCUAGGAAUACUGAAGGAAUUGGUGUUGAUGCAAAAAUUGAUGAAAAUGACCCUUCUGCUGUAGUGGCAGAUACAAAGCUAUCACUUGACCGAUUAAGUUUCUUACCUGAGCUUAUUGCUUCUGUAAAGAAGGCAGCAUUGGAAGAGGCUGAGGAGGUCAAAGCUAGAGUAAAAGAAGAUGCUGAAUCUAUAAAUCAUUCUUCAGUAUCAAAAGGAGAAACUCCAAACGAAAAUGAAGCAGUGAAUGUUCUGGAAGAAAAUGAGUUGGAUUCUGAUGACAAUAUAAAUCCUAACAAGAUUGAGCCAACGAAAGCUGAGGCAGAAGCUAUUGAGAGGGGAUUACAGACAAUAAAAAAUGAUGAUUUGGAGGAAAUCCGUGAAUUAGGUUCUGGAACAUAUGGAGCUGUUUAUCAUGGGAAAUGGAAAGGUUCUGAUGUAGCCAUAAAGAGAAUAAAAGCCAGCUGCUUUGCGGGGAGACCUUCUGAUAGAGAGCGCUUGAUCGCAGAUUUCUGGAAGGAGGCUUUGAUCUUGAGUUCUUUACACCAUCCAAAUGUUGUUUCAUUUUAUGGCAUAGUUCGCGAUGGUCCUGAUGGAUCCCUAGCAACUGUGACAGAAUUCAUGGUUAAUGGAUCUCUGAAACAGUUUUUGCAGAAGAAAGACAGGACCAUCGAUCGUCGCAAGAGGCUCAUCAUAGCUAUGGAUGCUGCAUUUGGAAUGGAGUAUUUGCAUGGGAAAAACAUUGUUCAUUUUGAUUUGAAGUGUGAAAACCUGUUAGUAAAUAUGAGAGAUCCACAGCGUCCUGUUUGCAAGAUUGGUGAUUUAGGCUUAUCAAAGGUUAAACAGCACACCUUGGUGUCAGGCGGUGUCCGUGGAACUUUACCGUGGAUGGCACCUGAGCUUCUGAGUGGAAAAAGCCACAUGGUGACAGAGAAGAUUGAUGUGUAUUCAUUUGGGAUUGUCAUGUGGGAAUUACUAACUGGGGAAGAGCCUUAUGCUGGUAUGCAUUGCGCCUCCAUAAUUGGAGGGAUUGUGAAUAACUCAUUACGGCCAGAAAUCCCAACAUGGUGUGAUCCAGAAUGGAAGGCAUUGAUGGGAAGUUGUUGGGCCUCUGAUCCAGCAGAGAGGCCAUCUUUUGCAGAAAUUUCUCGGAAACUUAGGAGCAUGGCUGCUGCAAUUAAUGUCAAAUAAUGCCAUUUGUGGAGCAGUUGAUUUCACUUUUGACUGUCUUACUGACAGAAAAGGUUUUAAAAAAUAAGAAAAUAAGAGAGAACCAAGAUUUCUCUGUUUAAUACACCUACUGGUUUUGAAGCAUAUUCAGGCUAAUAGUAUUAUUAUGCCUUUGAUUCAUCUUCUAUGAAGCUUUUAGUUUUGCUGCAAGAACGGAAUUGUUCCCACAUUACACAUUGGAUUUAAUCCUGAAGCUACAUAAUACAUAAAGAGCUGUGGAUGCAUGAUCAAUUUAUUUCCUUGAUAACAGGGUGAUCUCACUUUCCUGGCAGGAUUUUUGUUAUUUUGAAGAUGAUCAAAAUAGCAGCACUAUGGAUAAUUAAUACUAUAUCAUUUUUUAUGUGAGGCCGAGCUAUUUCAGGUGAAGGAUGUGUGUAUAGGUCGAUGAUGUUUAAGGUGUUGUUAGUUUCACAUUGGAAGGAGAGUGAUGCAUGACUCGUCAGAAUUUCUGAUGAAACUUGCAGCAAACCUGGUGUUGAUCUUUUGUUUUG